AUGGAAGUUGGAUAUGAACAAAUUGAACUCGAGGAAUACUUUGCAGUCCCAAAGAAAAUCCUCUUCCGAGAUCUAUUGGAUGACAAAACCUGGACCAGACUGAGUUUAGGAGCUAAAUGUCAAUUAGAUGCUAAGGUUGGUGGGAAUAUCACACUGUACGACAACAAUGUUACUGGUAAAUUUAUUAAAAUAAAUGAAUUUGAUUUACUGGAGUUUGAGUGGCGGUUCAACGAUUUCCCGGAUGGAGUAACUAGUGUCGUAUCAAUUAAGUUCUAUGAGGAAGAGGAAAAUGUCACUAGACUGGUAAUAUUACACAGUAAAAUUCCUAAAUACGACAAGUUCGGCAAUGAUGGCGUCAAAACUAGGUGUCUGGUUGGAUGGAAUAACAAUUUCAUGUGUAGACUACAACCGAUGUUGGGAUACAAUAAGUAUACUCCCUAA